UACAUGGUAUGAUCUCGUGUAUGUUUUUUACACAAACACCCUUUUCUGUAGGAGGCUAAAGGCCAUUUUUUGAACUCAACUGUAUUAUUAUUUUUCGGAGGGUUUUUCUGUAAGAUGUCCAAAGUUUGCAACGGAUAACAACAGGUUGUGCGGCUCUGCUUCUAUCUCUUUUUUGGCUGGCACUGUUUGAAUCGGUGGGAGAGAGAGCUAGGCAGAGACGGGGGCGACUACAUCGAAGACGAUGGCCUGCGGUGUCGCCGCCGACGAGCGACCCGCCAUCCCCACCGUACCGGAGCUUCGCGCGCUCGACAAGGCUCCCGCCGUCUGCCCCGUCCAGGAGCCCCCCGCGCCCUGGAAGUCCCCCGCCGUCUGCACCGUCCGGGAGCUCCGCGCAGGCGACGCGCCGUCCGCCAUGGGCAGGCCCCCCGAUCUCUACGCCAGCGACACAGAGCACGCGGCACACGAUCGAGUUGAUCAGAUCCCGGUGGCGGACAUUGUUGAUUUGAUGAACACAAUGAAGGCGGGGAGUGCGACCGCCGGGAUCCCGACGGGGUCGCGGCCUGCUCCCUCCGGCGAGCGGCGGCAGGUGGGGGGGCCGGUUCUGGGCCCUUACCGACGCAGACGAGGAUGAGGGGGAUGAGGACGCGGAUGCGCCGCCGUCAUCUCCGCCUACUCCGACGCCCUCCGACCUGUUGUGUGAGUUCUUGGGUGCAGGUUAUGAAGAAGAUAAGGUCGCUUCCACCGUCGACAAGGUCUUGCCCCUCGAGGAUCCGGCUAGGGUCGGGCUUCAUGCGGGUGAAACCAAGGAGAUGUUGUGCCGGGUGGUUCAUCGGAGAACGGCGGCGACGGCGAUCCGGCCGUGGAAGGGCCCAUUGCCUAAGGUACGUCUACCAAAUUUAACCGUUUUUGAUCUGAUUCGGCCGGAUUCAUGGAAUUUGGUCAAGAGACGUAAGAAUGCUCGCCGGAAAAGUUCUCGAUCGGCGUCGGAGGUGACCGCGGCAUCGUCGCCGGCGGUCACGGUGAUCCAGAUCCGAGACGCUCGCCAGGAGUGUUUGAAUUUGCUCCUGGGCCGAGCUAAGCCGCAAUCUGUUAGGCCGGUGGGUAUUAUUGGGCCAAGGUCUAGUGGGUAUGAGGCCCAGUCGGACUUGGUUCCAAUUGAUACUGAGGGGAGGGGCGCAUGCACGUAUCGAUCGUCUUCGCCUACUCCGUCGCCGCGCCCUAGGGUUUUGCUGCGUCGAACACCGCACCUGCGUACUGCCGGACCUGGCCGGGCUUGCCGCAUUCCUCCUCUCGGCGUGAUGGCUGGCUCUGGAGGCACGCCUCCUCCCGGGAAGCGGCCGCCUACGCCCAGCGGGGCUGGUCGGGCUUCUGGGGCACCGCCGCCGGGCCAAGGCAAUGGCCGGGGCGCGCUGCCGGUGCCGGAGUCGGGUGCUGGUCGUGGUGGCGUGCCGCUCCCCAAGGCCGCUGCGGGACGCGGGUCGGCUGGCCCUGAUGCGGCACACUGUGCUGGCGGGGCGCCCGUGGGGAGGCCGCUGGCUCCGGCUUUGCCGUCGGGCGGGCGUGGUGGACCGGGCUCCGAUCCUCGGCCGAUGGCUCCAGGCGGUGCUGCGGUCGCAGCUGUGGCCCGGGGGGCCGCGCCACCAAGGCCACCCGUGCCUUCGGGUCCGACGCCUAGACCGGCUCCUCCACCCCACGUCCUUGCUCGCCCGUCUUCGUCGUCGCAGUCCAACGGUACUGUGGCUGCGCCCCGGGGUCAAUGGGAGGAUGACGACUACGAUGCCUAUGGGGCUGGCCAGCACCGUGGUUCUUCGUCCACGGGUGGAGGUCGUGGUUAUGCAUGGCAAAGCGAUGGUUCGGUUGAGAGGCCGUUCUUGGGGCCUUCCGGUGGCUUCGUUGAGGGGCCUUCUGAUCCGGGUCAUCGGCAGCGUGGAGGUUACCGUGGCCAUCGUGGUGGUCAGGGCGGUCGAGGGGGCCGGUACCGUCCACGUCCUCCGCCCCCACCUGUUGUUGUCGAGCAGAUGACAGAUAACGGGGUUGCCGAGGAGCCAGUGCUGACCGGUCACGCUAUGGAGGUGUUGACGGCUCUUGCUACUGUUUAGGUUCCUGAGAACGAGGUUAUGGCCGAUGUGUCUGUGGAGAUGACGGACAGGGCUGAGUCUGAUACGAUGUCCAAGUGGGCGCGCAUGAAGGAAAAUAUGCUUUGUUAUUGAUGUGGAGACAAGGGCCACUUCAUUGCGGAGUGUGUGGCUCUGUUAUGUGAUACCUGUGGUAAGCUGGCACACGACUCUGGGGACUAUCCGAUACUGCGAGAUCAGGCACCCUCGCUCAUGAUGUAUGGAGUUUACUGUGCUGAGCUAAAGUUUUUCGAGUCUCCGAAUGAGCGAGAGGUUACUGAUGAGUUCCCGAGUAUGACUACGGGGAUUGUCAAGGUCACCAGAGGGUAGGUCUCUGAGACACAGGUCGUGCAGAGGCUUUGCGAGCUGGCCCCUGGGGAGUUCCAGUGGGACCUUGUCAGUCUCGCUGAUAAGAUGUUCAGAGUUGAGUUUCCUUCCGUGGAGGAUCUGCAGAGGUUGUUGAGUUUUGGGAUGUGUAAGGUGCCGGGAACUGAUUGCAUCCUUGAGUUUCAUGAGUGGAAGCACAUGGAGCCUCAGGGUAAGCCGCUCACUCAGGCGUGUUUGCGAUUUUCCGGGGCCCCCUCCAAGCCGUUGCAGGAUGCUCCGGUUGUGGCCAGCAUGGGCAUUUCAGUGGGGAAGCCUGAGCGUGUGGAUAUGGCGUUCACCAGAGCUCACGGGAUUGCUCGGGUUCUGGUUAGUAUUCUGAACAUUGAGUAUGUGUCGGAAGUGGUUAAGUGGGCUUAUCGAGGCAGCAUUUAUAAUCUGGUCAUUGAGUUUGAGGAUGAGAGCCUUUUGGCUGCGGCGGCUCAUGAGUCCGACGUGGAUAUGCACGAGGAUGAUGGCAGCGCGAGGGCAAAGGAGCCGCCGGUCGAGGACUCUGGAUGACAGCUGUCCAGGGGACCGGGGUACGAGACCGUGAUGAUCGGGGGUGGAGCAGCCCCACCCUCCUCGGCGCCUACGACGACUCUGAGAUUUGGGUCCUUCGAACCCUCUUCUGCACCCCCGAGGCUGUGGAGUGAUCGGGUGGAGUCCGAGGAGGCUUUUGAGCUCGCGUUGCCUGCUUUGGGGUUUGAGGAUACUGUCUGCACUAUUCCUGGGGUUCUGGGGGCUUCGUCGACCUCGGUCUGGGGAGAGGAGGAGGUGGGUCGGCAGGUGGCCACUCCCUCUCGUGCUCAGCACGCUAUACCCCCUCAGGACGUGACGUCGGUGUUCGUGGCUGGUUUGUUGGGAGGAGUCCCGAGGCAGGCGGCCUCGGGCUGCACUUCUCCUACUGAGGUAGGGGAUUCGGGGCAGGUGGCACCCGUGUCCUUCUCUUCAUUGGGAAGAGGUCUGGGGCAGGUGGCCUCGGAUACCUCCUCUCCCGUUGCGUCUACCUCUCUGCUAGUGGCGGCUGUGCCAUCGGGAGACGGCUCGAGGCAGGUGGCCUCGGAGCCCUCUUUUCCUGCGGCGCCUGUGGUGGUGGCCUCUCCGGUGCUGGGUGGGGAGUUAGGGCAAGCGGCCCACUCGCUCCCUUCACCCCGCUCGCUGCCGGCUCCGUCUUGCGGGGCGCGCCAGACGUCUGAGGCCAUGGUGAGUGCAUUUCCACUUCCUGGCG